AGUAAACCGCUCUCGUUCAUCGCCUAAUCAUAAUCUCGUUAUAGAGUGCUGCGCCUAUAGGAUACAUAUAGAAAAAAAAGCUGAAAACCACGAGAGACAUUUGUGCGCCCCGCGCGCCGCUAUUGAAACGAUGUUCUCGUGCUCGCGCGCAUAAGUAUACUUAGUAAGUAAAGUACACUCCGCGUGUGGUGGCCAUCACCUUUUUCUCUACUACUAUCGCAUAUACGAUAUACCUAUAUAUACGUCUAUCAGGAGCAAUAUAGCUCCGCAAGUCCAUACAUAUAGAUAUACAGGCUGCUGCAACGCCAAUCUCUCUCACGUCGACUGGCAGUCCAGGAGACAGCAGCGCUGCGCAGUGGGGAGGCCGUGCAGUUACCAGUAGUCGCAGCGGUCUGUAUUAGAGCCUAUACGACGUACGUACGCGAGUCAGCCAGUGAGCGCGAGAGAGACGACAACAGAGUAACAGACCAUUCGCGCACCUCUAGAGACAUAUUAGCAAUGGCGACGGUCUUGCGAGAGUACUUACGAGCUCUGCGCUUCAGUCAGUUAUUCUAGUGUACCUCGUCGACGGGAAUCAUCCGCGAUUACAGAAAAACCAAACUCGAAUAAUCGAGCGGACGACAAAAAGAGACACCUCGAGGGAAAAGUUUCGAGCAGCAGUAGCGCAGCAAAGAACAGCAGCGCUGUAGUAGAAAAGAGAGAGAGAGAGCGCGAUACGACGCAGAGCGCCAGUCGCCCUCGCGGAGAGCUGCCUGCUGACGACGCGUCUACCCCGAGUCAUCACGAGCAAGACGACGUUGAUGCAAGCCCGAGCCGACGAAGAUGAUCAUAGAGAACCCGGACCAGUUCAAGGCGUGGCUGACGGCCGUCUUGGAGCCGCUAUGUGAUGCCGAUCCAGCGGCUUUAGCAAAAUAUGUAUAUGCAUUAGUUAAGAAGGAUAAAACUUUAGAUGAACUCCGAGUUGGUAUGGUGGAGCAGCUUGAUGUAUUUUUACAGCAAGAAACACCAAAUUUUGUAGAAUUAUUGUUUAAGACGUUAGAAACACAAGAUUACAAGCAGCCCUCUGAUGUAAAAGAUGAAGAGGAUGGUAGUAGAACACCUCCAACGGCAACAACCCCGCAAGUAUCUCAAGCACCAAUAGUCGAAACGAGCAAUAUUGUUCCAUUAAACACAGUAACUACGACGCCGGCACUUCAUAUUAACGGCUCGGCACCGACGAAUGCUGUCAAGCGCGAGACACGAAAGUCAGAAUCCGAAAAGGAGGAAAAAGAGAGAGAAAAGCGACCACGCAGUCGCGGUCGACCAAGAUCGAGAACGAGAUCACGUUCAAGGUCAUGGGACAGGGAUAGGAGGAGAUCCAGAAGUCGAGAGCAUAUAAGACGUGAUCGAGAAAGAGAUAGGAGUCGCGCCUGGAGAAACAAGUCUCCUCCAAUGAAUAUUCGUCGACAUGAACGCAGGCGGACGAGGAGUCGCAGCAAUUCGCCCCUACGUUCGAGGAUGCGCGAUGUGGAAUCGAGGGGUGAGCAUAGGUCGCGCUUCCGUAAUCGCUCACCCACGCCGAUCAGGUCACGCUCGCGUUCCAUGGAACGGAGCAAGAAGGCAGAUCGGCUGGAACGCGGUGAGCUCGGCAGGCUCGACCGUAUGCAGGAUGGCGGAGCGAGUCCAGGAGGUGGGACUCCUACGCAGGAUAGCAAUCACGGCGAUGUGGACAUGAGGUUAUCCACGACUAGUCAAUCGAUACAGAGCGUUGUUGCUGUUGCUUCGAAUAUGCCCAGGUCAGGCAAUUUCCAAGGCAAGAGGCGCUGCCGGGACUUUGAUGAGAAGGGCUACUGCAUGAGAGGCGACUUGUGUCCAUAUGACCACGGCACCGACCCCGUCGUCCUGGAAGACGUGGCAUUGAGUCGAGUAUUGACAUUUGGGCCUCAGGCUCCAGGAGCCGUGCCCGUCGCCGCGGUCCCAGAAGCUACAGCCGGUGGUCCAGUCGGCGUCGGCGGUCCCAACGAUGUACUCACGGAGUACAACCCGGACGCUCCAAGCAUGGAACCACAGGUACCGUGGGGUAGGCAUCCACCCCCUCCUGGUCCACCAAUGUACGGUAGGGGGCAGCGCGAGCUCAUAAGCGUCCCCGUAGCUCCGCAUGCCAACUCGACUGAUUUGCCAAUGCAGCAACAACAACAAUCUCAUCAUCCUCAGCACCAUCCUCAGCAAAAUCAGCAACAACAACAACAGCGAGAUUCGCAUCCUACUGGCAAUCCGCUCAAACGCAAACAGGCCUUCGAUUUUAACCGACUUGGCCCCAAGCAGCGUUCUAUUCACAACUCAUCCAAUUGCUCUCUGGAAUUGAAGAAAGUUCCGCGAAGCUUGAACAACAUUACUCAGUUGAACAAUCACUUUAGCAAGUUUGGCAAAAUUGUAAAUAUACAAGUGAAUUUCGGAGGUGACCCAGAGGCUGCUCUCGUCACCUUCCAGAUGCCCAACGAGGCCAAAAGCGCCUACAGGAGCACCGAGGCUGUAUUGAACAAUAGGUUCAUCAAAGUUUUCUGGCAUAAUAAUGUUAACAAUAACACUGCUGCUGGCGCUAUCGAGAAUGUGCCGCCUGGCAAACAGGGAGGUCAGCGACCUUCAGUCAAAGAAAGACUUGGUGCCGCAGUAACAGCACCUAAUAAGGUUGACGACAAUGAGUACGUGCCAACUCGCCGCACAACGGAAGAACAACAGCCACCUCAGCAGCAACAACAGCAGGUUAGCCAGCCUUUAGCUCCAGUUUCAGCCACCAAAGCAGCUAUGGUUGCCGAUAAAGUCCUCGCCAUAAAAAAGAACCAAGAAAUGCUCGCUGCUAAGGAAACGCUCAAGAAGAAGCAAGAGGAGAAGCGAAAAGAAGCUAUGAAGCUCACAGCUGACCUUCGUAAGCGUAAGCAGGAGCUUCUCGAUAAACAGCUGAUCGAGUUGAAGUCACUUAUCGAGCGUGCUGAGAAAAGUCCCGAUCAAAAGGAUGCUAUUAUGGAGACCAUCAAAACAGUGCAGAGUUCGAUAGACAGUUUAAGAAAAGAUCUUGCGACGGGUAAUAACAAUGGGCAGGCUAGUGCUGUAGCUCCAACUAAGCCGCAGAUCAAGACGCGAGAGCAAGCACAGAAGGAGAUACUGGAUGCUGAGCUCGAUCUCAUGACCGCGCAACAAGAAGGACAAGACUCGACAGAAUUGCAGAAAAAGUUGCAAGAAUUAAGAGCUCAAGCUGCUGCGAUGGGCUUAAACAGCGCUAGCGCAGGGCGAGGAGCAAGGCCAACUAGGCCAGCACGAGGUAGCACUCAUCCUUUCAGAGGACGUGGUCGUGGAGCGACAAACUUCACCCAUGUCUCCGUCGACCAUAGGCCAACGCAUCUUCUAGUCUCUGGUUAUGAAACCGAGGAGAAAGCCGAAGUAUUAGCGCAUUUCCAGCAAUUCGGUGAAAUCGUCAGUCAAAUGGUGGAUGACGCCACUCCUUCUAUUGUAAUUAAUUACAAAUCAAGAAAAGAAGCAGAGUUGGCAAUGUCGAAAGGCAGAAAUUUUCAAGACCGAGUUUUAUCCAUUACUUGGGUAGCAAGCCCAUACUUACAUCGUCCACCACCAAAUAGUUCAGGCACCUCUGGUACAAACUUACAAAGCUCAACCCCUUCUCAACGAUCUACGGAGCAAUUACAGUCAAUGACUGAUGAAGAAAUAGAUUUAGAGAAUGCAGAUGUAGAGGCGUUACUUUUGGAUGAAGAUGAAGAAAUUGAAGACGAGGACGGCGAGCCACGCAGCUGGCGGCGAUAGCAAACUCUGUGACCUUUUUGACGAAUGUUUUUUAUUGCUUAAAUUGUAAGAAUAUCUUUCGAUCAAAUUUGCGUGCGUACGGCACUAAAUGAUUUAAUACCGCACUGCAGAUCGGUGUUUUUAAUAAGAUCGAUUCGCAUGUAUAACAGAGAGAAAGGAGGUGUAAGCGAUAGAAGAAUGAUUCGUGUGAAAGCACUUCGGUGUACAUUGAGUGUUAAAAAAAUAUUUGUUAUAAUUAUGUAUACCAUGCACAUUUUAAUGGUAUAGACGAAAACUUUGUCGUAUAAAGCGCGCGUCACGAAAGACACCAACUAAUAAGUUUUCAGAAAAAAGAAAAUAAGAUAAAAAAGAAGUAACUGAUUUAAAAAAAAAGAAACAAAGAAAACAAAGAAAGAAUGAAGAACAGACGAAUAACUAAAAUUUAUCCCAUUAUUUGUAGAAUAAAAUCGCUAUGUUUUGUAUGGGAAUCCAAAA